CAAUGGGCACGCGAGUCACCGCUAGUCGCCCCCACUGCCCCCAAGUCCCACUAAUGUCUCUCUCAGCGUGGACGCAACGUCACGUCCGCACUUGAACUUGAAUUCUUAUCCCAUUGUACAGAGGCAACCCCAGCCACACACACACGAAGGGGUCCUCCCAAAGCAACAAGACGGAAACACUGGACCUCCGCUGUUUGGAAUGAGAGAAAGAGGAGGUGUUUGGCUGUAACUGGCUGUUGUCUCCGUCUCCCCCUCAACUCCUAGAGCGUAGAGUUCCAUGCCAUUCCGUUCACCGUUGCCAAGACGCGCGCCGCGAGGACUGAAUGGGGCCAAAGCUCACAUCACGUAAAUGAGUAGCUAAUUUGUUAUAAUUAUUUAAGAACAUAUCAGAGGAGAAGAAGAGGUGACAGUUGAAUCGAAUAUUGACCCAUCGGUCGAAGAGUGGCAUGCACCGUAGGCUACUCCAGUUGUCAACGCGCUGCAGAAGAGGGCACCUCGUCGGAAUUUAAAUGAUCGUUAUUCUCUGCAAUUAUUACAAUAUCCAUUGCUGUAUUAACAAAACAUAACCUUCCAGAAAUAUUUGCAUGCACCUGCAUGUUUCUGUUGUGUCCUAAAGCUUCCUUUGGCAAUUCCAGGUGUUGCGUUUAGGGUGAGUGAUUCUGCGAUAAGAGAACUGGACAAUUGACCAACGGUUUUUACCCGCCUUUCAACAACCACAAUAAAAACACACUAGGCUCAUUUUCACUUGCAGUAGCUUUGUGUAAAUCGUCUGAAUUGGAAGCAAUUUGAAAAAAGUUACCGGGCACCAGACCAGCGGAGGAUCAUCACGGAGCAAGCCAACCCCAAGCGCAGGUCUCCGGGCGAUGCCAGAGUAGAUGCAGGGGCAAUGUCCCGUCGCAAGCAGGGGAACCCACAGCACCUACCACUGUCGCAAAGAGAAACAAUACGACCCGAGGCCAAUCAUGAGUUGGGGGUGGGAACUCGCUCCCCGGAGCCGUCCACUCCCAGCCCCACUCCGAGGAGGGCGGGGACAGGGGAGCAUGACCUCUUGACCUGUGGGAGGUGCCAGACCAAAUUCCCUCUGGGAGACAUCCUGGUCUUCAUAGAGCAUAAGAGACGACGGUGCAGUGGGGGAGGCCGCGCCUCUGGGGGGUUCUCCAAACCGGGCGAAAGGGGGAACCCCGUCUUGCUGCGGGGAGGGGCGGUGCCGGUGGAGGUGGGGGUACAGGUGACCCCUCAUGGGGAGGAAGAAGAGGAGAGGAGGCUGACGCCCGCUAAAGGAAUCUGUCCCAAGCAGGAGAGAGGGAACACAGGUAAAGAUGAGCCGUCCAGCUACAUUUGCACCUCUUGUAAACAGACCUUCACCAGCGCCUGGUUCCUGCUCCAGCAUGCCCAACACACCCACGGCAUCCGCAUCUAUCUGGACACACACCCCUCCAACUACACCCUCACCCCUCGCAUGGCCCUCCCCCCUCCCAUGGGUGGGGGAGACUCCCUCCCUCGUUCUCCCUUACCAACCUUCCUGGGGGACACCUCUAACUCCUUCCACCUCCUCCGAAUGGCGGCGCCACUACUCAGGGAGCACCACCCACACCAUCCCCAACACCCUCACCACCCCCGUCCCCCUCCGGGCUAUCUGGACACCCGGCUCCCUGCCACCCCACCCUUCGUCAGACCCCCGCCCCCCAGACACCUCCUGGAGCGCCUGGGUCCAGAGGAGAUGGGGCCCCUGCUCUUCCAGCACCCAAGUGCCUUCGAGAGGGUGAUGCGUCUGACCCCAAUGGAUCCUCCUUCCAUGGACUUCUCCAGAAGGCUCAGAGAGCUGGCGGUUGGCAACAAUACUAACAACGGAGGCCCUACACCUCCUCUCUCGCCCACCCGGGUGCCCCCCAUGCACCGCCUGCUGAGUCCAACUCUCUUCCAGUCGGGCUCCAAGCCCCCACCGUUCCUCACCUACCCCCCACAGCCCCCCACGCCUCAGGGAAACGCCACCACUCCUCCCCAGGGCCAGAACCAGGCCCAGGUCCAGGCCCAAGCCAAGUCCAAGUCCUGUGAGUUUUGUGGAAAGUCCUUCAAGUUCCAGAGUAACCUGAUAGUCCACAGACGGAGUCACACAGGAGAGAGGCCCUACAAGUGUCAUCUGUGUGACCAUGCCUGUUCUCAAGCCUCCAAGCUGAAGAGACACAUGAAGACACACAUACACAAGUCAGGCUCCAUGGGGAGCUCCCCUGAACAGGAGAAUAGAGGAGAGGUAGGAGAGGGGGAGGAGAAGAGCAGAGAGGGGGAGGGAAGAAUGGGGAUGGACAACGAGGAGGAGGAAGAGGAUGAGGAAGAGGAAGAAGAGGAGGAAGAAAUUGAGGAUGAGGAGGAGAUGAGGAACGGCCUAAGUAGGCCUGAGUCUAACCUGAGCAUGGACUCAGAGUUCCACAAGAACAGGGAGAACGGGUCGAGGCCUUCCCCAGACGAGAAGCCUCAUGGUGGGGAUAGAGUGACGGAGAGCGGAGGGGUGGGUAUCAUGCACCCAUACAACCACCUGGACAAUCACCUGAGGCUGGCCCCUUCCAAGAAGACCAUGAGUCUGGAUAGGGAGAGGCAGCCUAAUAGAGAGUCGAGAGAGGGGGGAGAUAUAGGGAGGGGGGAGAUGGAGAUGGAGCGGGACAGAGAGCGAGCGUUGGACAGGGCGAUGGACAGAGAGAGAGAAAGUGGAAGAGAGGAAAGGCCCUUGAUGAACGGAAGGAUCAGUGGGUCUGAAGACUCUUUCUCUGGACUGUUCCACCGCCGGCCCACCCCCAUCACCAGCCCCAACCCCUCCAACAAGAGAAUCAAGGUGGAGAAGGAGUUGGAGCUCCCCGCGGCUCCGACCCUCAUCUCCCCAGAGAACAUGUACUCCCAGCUCCUGGCGGGUUACGCCGCUUCACGCCACUUCAUCAGAGAACCUUUCCUCCACGGCUUCAGUGACGCCCACCAGUCCCCCUUCGCCACCUCCUCAGAGCACUCCUCCUCCGAGACGGGUUCCCUCCGCUUCUCCACCUCUCCUGGGGAAUUCCUGGAGGGAGUGGGCGCAUCGGGCCGCAGCGGCAGCUCCACCCCUCACCUCCUGCGGGGUCCUGGGCCAGGUCGACCCCCUAGUAAGGAGAGCAGACGGAGCGACACCUGCGAGUACUGUGGGAAGAUAUUCAAGAACUGCAGCAACCUGACGGUGCACCGACGCAGCCACACGGGAGAGAGGCCCUACAAGUGUGACCUGUGCAGCUACGCCUGCGCACAGAGCUCCAAGCUAACUCGCCACAUGAAGACCCACGGGCAGUUUGGGAAGGAGGUGUACCGCUGUGACAUCUGCCACAUGCCCUUCAGCGUCUACAGCACCCUGGAGAAACACAUGAAGAAGUGGCACGGGGAACACUUGAUGGCCAGCGACGUCAAACUGGAGGAGGCUGAGAGAGGCUAGGUUACGCUAGGCUAAAGCUAAGGCUAGGCUAGGCUAACACCUCAGACUCAUUCUGAAUGAACACUUACAGGACUUCAACACGGGGCUUGGCUGGAUAAUCUUUCAUCUUCUUGAAUAUUUUUGGGACAAUUUAAUGUAUGUAAUUCUGUUUUUGUUUGUUCUUUUUUGUCACAGAAACUGCCAACUGAGAAAUAUAACAAAGGGAAACAUGGGAUGUUUCUAGAAACCUAUAGUUUCCUGCCAACUAUUGAUCUAUCUGAGGAUUUUAUCAUUUUCGGAAUCCAUUGAGCCUUUCUACUGUGCAAUAAUGUCUGUAUUUAUUGGAGUUUUGUAAAGAUAUUGGGCAUGUGCAGGUACAUCUUUGUGGGGUUUUAUAGGGAAUUAGGUAGCUAGCUAGUAAGUAAAAAAAAAAUAUGCUGAAUUUUUUUUUCUCAGAAAAACACAUAACUUGAAACAGGUCACAUUUGAUUAUAAAUAAAAUUGUAAUUUUGAUUUGUUAAUUAAAAACAAUUCCUUUAAGGAAACUAUAAGUAAAUGAGUAAAGUUCUUAAAUUAUGAUAGAAAUGAUUUAUUUUUAAUCUGCAUUAUUAAUAUCCUAUUAGGUCAACAUCUCUGACAUCAAGCACUGAAUGUCACUAUGACAACACAAUUUACAUUUUAGAAUUUCAAAAAACCCCAAAUGUUGAUGUUUUAAAAGUCUGAAUAGAUUACAGCCAAUUUUACACAAACUAUUCUUUUUUUAAUAUCAGCAUGUGUUAUUAGUAUGAUGCAAUCCAGUCCCCACAGUCCCAAUAUUAGCCAGGGACAUAAAUAGCGGUUGCAGACAUUGACAUGAACUCCUUAGAUGCAGGAUUAAAUCACCAUGGGAAUAUUUAAGUUCAAACUUGCUGUAGUAAAAAUGUGGAAAGGAGAAGAGUCCUAUACAACGUUAUGUGUGUGGAUGUUUUGGGAAGAAUACACCGUUGUAUUUCAUCAAACAUUAUGUAAAUAUUAGAUUUUCUUUGAUCCAUCAUUAUUAAACAAAAACGAAAUGUAUACUAGACCCAUAUUUUACAUUCGGAAUGUCCACUCUAACUAAAACAAUCAAAGAUCUGUGGCUUGAGUUAUUUAAGUUCUGAAUAAUAUACAUUGUUAUUGCAACCAUUCACUAGAUAAUUGCAAUACAGGUCCUCUCAAUAGUGCUUCCUUCCUAUGGUCAUACUGUUUACAUUUGAACAGCAUAGCAGCAAUGUCCCUUACACCCUCUUGACACAUGAUAAAGCUUCAUCAAAACCAAUUUGUUAAGUUAAACUUUUAAACAUUCUACAUUGUACUGUACAUUCCACUUCUAGAAUCAUUUCAUUGUUCCUUCUGGGGAAUUCUUGAACAGUAGUGUUCUCGUCGCCCAGGGUGAGUUCUGAUCCCCUCAGGAUUCAGCAAAACGGUCUCAGAAUGGAAUUCAUAUCAAUGCCUGUGUUUCUCCACUGUGUGCUCUAAGCCUCAAUCUGCCUGCCUGCUUUCACAGUUCACUAACUCAGCGUUCAUGUAUUAGUGGAGCAGCUUUGAAAAGGAAAAGGUGGGGGUUGUUCAUUUUGCUUCACAAAGCGAUAUGGGGGUUUAACGCCCAAUAACAGAUUUGUGAAGACACUGUACGUGGCGUUCGUGACUUUUAGGGAUUUACAAUUUGUGAUUUUCAGCUGCGUGGAAUGAGGAUGGCUCAUCCUUGAAUGAAUCUAAAAAAGCCCUAUUUGAGUUACAUUGAGUUAUGGUAAUAAUGUUCAGCACAGCUGUUAGACUGAUGGCCACAUGACCUUGAGAUCUGAUUGGAUCAUUCUUGAGGUAGAAAAUGAAAAAUUGAAAUAGAGAAAAUGGAGAGGGGGUAGAGGGAGAGAGGGAGAGAGGGGAUAGAGGGAGAGAGGGAGAGAGGGAGAGAGGGAGAGAGGGGAUAGAGGGAGAGAGGGAGAGAGGGAGAGAGGGGAUAGAGGGAGAGAGGGAGAGAGGGGAUAGAGGGAGAGAGGGAGAGAGGGAGAGAGGGAGAGAGGGGAUAGAGGGAGAGAGGGAGAGAGGGAGAGAGACAUAGAAUGAAAGAGAGAGAGAGAGAGACCCAAGCAAGGAUCAAAGUCAUUCAAAUGAAAUUGAAAGCAUAUGAAAAGUGUGUUUUAACCCAAAUGCAUAUCUACUGGUCAAAUCUAAUACCAAGGACAUCAGAGAGAGAGAAAGAGGAGCAAUAUUAGGGAAGAUUGAGGCCACAUCUUCCCUUAAUACAACCAUCUUCAAUAGAGAUAAUCACCUCACCUCAAAGAUAUCACUUCACACAGCCUGUUUUAAAUGUGCUGUGUGUGUGUUUAGGCAAUUGGACAUGGGUGUGCACUCGAAUGAAAAUCUUCCUAUUUAUCAUCAUCUUGUUGACAGAAAUCAGAUUCUUACACAAAACACUUAUCUCAUAAUGGUCCUCCAUUUCAGAUCAGCAUGUGGAAAUGGAAUAGAUUAGUUAUCAUAAUGUAUGCGACUGGCUGAAAAGGUGUAGAUACCAUAGAGACAUGCGUUUGGGGAAGACACAUGUUGAUAUUCAGUAAGAGUACAUCUUUAGUGUAUUCCAAUAAAAAAAUGUUUUUUUUUAUCAAUUCUCACUUCAGAACAAAGUUGAUAAUAACUACAAUAACUGUUAUUAUUGCAAUUGAGACAGCGGAGAGGAGAAACCUACAAUUCCCACUUCUGAACAAGCUUCAUAUAUUCCAUCCAAAAUAUGGAUGCUAGAGAGUUAUUUUAAUCGCAUUGAGGAACCAGGAAGACAGACUCGCAAAACAGAACUAGUCAUCUCAUACAAGAACAUUCAGUAGCAGAAUAAUGUUUACAGUGUUUGAAGUAUGUUAAUGAUGAAAUCCUCUGUGUUUUGAAUGCCAUAACUAGCAUUGUAUGGUAAUGAUGGUGGAGGGAUUUUCAUUAAGUAGAUUUACAUGAGUAGUUUACGUAUCAUUUCUUGCUCACUGUAUGACGAUACACAGUGUCUUUGUAAUAUUGAUAAAUGAUGCUGUGUUUUUAAAAACAAAUGGUUCCAACAUUCUGUUAGCCUAUUUUUCUUUUCCCAAUCCAAUUGUGAUUUGAUUUAAAUGUUUAAAGUCAUUUUUUGGGGGGUAAAUCUAUCCUAAUAUGGAUUUUUUUAAAAACAUUUAAAUUAGAAAUCAUCCAGAAUAUCAGAGGAAUUUUGGGAUUGGGAUUCUGCAAUGGGUUAUGGGAGAAAUGUUUUUUUUUUUUUUAUAUAAAACAAAAUAAAAAAAAUCUGUUUUAGGAGGCGUUCAUGGACAAUAUUGUUUUUUUUUCUUCUCAUGGUUGGUUGACGUUCUUGUGAUGGCACUUAAAAUUUAAAUUUUAACACAUUUUCAACUUUCAUGACUUUUUGCUCUUUGUACAAAUAUCUUUUUUUCCUUUUUUGAGGGAUUGUUGUGAAAAAUAAGUAGUUUCAAAGCAGCAGCAGUAACGUCGGCUGUCUUGAACAUAUAUGUAUUUUUGUAAUGUGUUGAAAAGAAAGUCAACAAAUCCAAUAAAUGUUGCAAUUGCC